GGGCCCUGCUGCUGUACCGCGCGGUGCUGUCGUGCGACUGGUGUGCACUUUGGACUCGAGCGGGGCCAGACCGAGCCAUGCUGCAAAGGAGGCCGAUUUGCUUUGCUUCUAAAUGAGUCCCGCGAGUGCAGACAUCGCAUCGAUUCCCCUCCUUCGCCCUUUGCCCCCUUCUUCCACAUCGGCGAGUGAAGCAUCAAAUCAGCUGCAACAAGGAUCAAUCAAGCGAAGGGAAACGAAGCGGAAGCGACAAUGGUGCGAAGACGCAGCUGUUUUGUGUGCGGCCAGCUGGGCCACUUGGCCGAGGCUUGUGGCUCCACCGAGAGACUUUGCUUCAACUGCUCCAAGCCCGGCCACGAGUCUUCGGCCUGCCCCGAGGAGCGUACCGUGGCCACGAAGCAGUGCUACGCCUGUGGCGAGUCGGGCCACAUCAAGUCUGCCUGCCCCAACCCGACGAGCGCAUCCGCGGCCGUCGCGACCGCGACGGGAGCUGCGCCUGGAGUGGUCAAGUCCGAGUCUCUCGCCAAACGUGUGGGCGGAGUCAACGGUCAGAACAAGAAGGCUGCGGCAGCCUGCUACACUUGCGGUGGACCUCACUUGGCUCGCCAAUGCCCUCAAGGUUUCUCUGCCAAACCAGCUGCUGCCAAUGCUGAUCGUCCUUGCUACAAUUGUGGCGUGGCCGGUCACAGAGCUAAAGAUUGCACGUCGGAAGCUACGGAGGCUGGCGCGGCUGCUGCUAGCAAGGCUCCUCCUCGUAGACAGCGUGGAGCACCGGGCACUUGCUAUGGAUGCGGUCAACCUGGUCACGUCAGGCGCGAGUGCCCAGCACACGCUGAUCCUCCCGCCGCUCCUACUAGCGCGGCCGUGAUGGCUAUCUAAGUGCGGAUGCAUGUUACAAGCGCUGCCGAGGUUCGAAGGGAUCUUCCAAGUCAAUCACGAAAAUAGGGAGGAGGACAGCUGCAUGAUUCAGGGCUCAGAUCGUGGUGCAUGCCCACGUCUCUAAAUUUUGGAAGGAGGCGGCUUCUUGGUGCAAUAUGAUUGGUGUACGUACGCUCAGACGAGAAUGCUGGAGUUGGAUGACUUGUGCCACA